GAUUAAGCGGGAGGCGCGCCGGGCGUCCGCACUCGGGCGGCCCCGCUCGCUGCCGGCUCUUGCGGCGGUGCCAUCUCGCGGCUUCCCCUUCUCCAACCCUCCUCCAGCCGCUGCACUUGGCAGUGAGAGCGCGUUGUGAAGGCCACCAGGGCGCGCGUGGAUCUGGGCGCUGCGGGGCCGGGAGGUGCGCGCCGCGCAGGCGGGCGAGGAAACGGCUCCCGGCGCCGCGGGCGACCCCUGGGUAAGGCACCCCCCAGCCAGUCUGGGCAAUUAGUGCCCCAGAGCCCGGUACCUGCCUGGGACGGGGGAAGGCAGCGGAGGAAGCGUGGCAUCCGAGUAGUGAUAACUUCCACGGAAACACAUUGCCUUGGCCAGUCCCAUGUGAUGACAGCCAUUUAUUUGUGAGAAGACUUUAAACCCAGGACAUAGACCUUCAUUUACAAAUGGGUGUUGUCUGGAAGAAACGAGAAGAUUGGCAGAAUUUUUUUUAAGUACCAAGACUUGACUGUGACAUACUCCGCGCACAUGGCAUUUAUAAGAUGCUCUUUCAGGUGGACCAAGCCCUUGGCCAUAGAUCCCUGGUCACUUAUACUCAUUCUCUUUUCUGUACAACAUGUGUAUGGGAGCGGAAAGAAGUUUAUUGGUCCUUGUGGAGGAAGAGAUUGCUCUGCUUGCCGGUGUUUUCCUGAAAAGGGGUCUAGGGGUCAACCGGGACUCCCAGGGUUGCAGGGCCCUAUUGGACCCCUGGGACCUCCAGGACCCAUUGGAAUUCCAGGAGAGAAAGGGAGGAGAGGUGACAGUGGCCCUCCUGGAGCAGCAGGUGACAAAGGAGACAAGGGUCCAACUGGUGUCCCCGGAUUUCCAGGUUUAGACGGCAUACCUGGGCACCCAGGCCCUCCUGGACCCAGAGGCACACCUGGCAUAAAUGGCUACAAUGGCUCAAGAGGUGAUCCAGGGCUUCCAGGAGAAAGAGGCGCUCCUGGCCCAGGAGGCCCCCCAGGCCUUCCUGGGGCAAAUGGAGAAAAAGGAAAUUCAGUCUUCAUUUUUGGUGCCAUUAAAGGUAUUCAGGGUGACAGAGGGGACCCAGGACCUCCUGGCUUACCAGGAUCAAGGGGCUCGAGAGGACCAGUGGGCCCAGUGGGAUAUCCGGGAGCGCCGGGGUUAACAGGACCUCCGGGCCAUCCUGGGAGUCCAGGUUUGAAGGGUAAUCCUGGCGUGGGAGUAAAGGGGCAAAUGGGAGACCCGGGUGAGAUUGGCCAGCAAGGUUCUCCGGGACCCACCCUGUUGGUACAGCCACCUGAUUUUAGUCUCUAUAAAGGAGAAAAGGGUAUAAAAGGAAUGCCUGGAAUGAUUGGACCUCCGGGACCUCCUGGACCCAAGGGAGUCCCUGGUACUGGAGAAAAAGGAGAGAAAGGUGUUCCUGGGUUUCCAGGACCUCGGGGUAACCCUGGUUCCUAUGGAUCUCCAGGUUUUCCAGGAUUAAAGGGGGAACCAGGACUGUCUGGAGAGCCUGGGCCAUUUGGAUUUCUUGGUCCAAAGGGGGAUCCUGGAGAUCGCGGGGACCCAGGGCCACCAGGUGUUUUGACAACUCCCUCUCUUCCACUCAAAGGCCCUCCAGGGGAUCCAGGGUUUCCUGGCCGCCGUGGAGAAGUGGGGGCUAUUGGACCACCUGGUCCCCCUGGUCACUCAGGUAGCCCAGGGGAAGCCUGUGCAGGCAUGAUGGGACCCCCUGGGCCACGAGGGUUUCCUGGUCAUCCAGGAUUUCCAGGGGCAGCUGGUAUUCCUGGGAGAGCUGAUUCUGCUCCAGGAAAAUCAGGGAACCCGGGACCACCUGGGUUGCCUGGAGCACCAGGGCUGCAGGGACCUCCAGGAUCAGACGCUAUAUAUUGUAGUGCUGGGCACCCUGGACCACAAGGAAUGAAAGGCAAAGUGGGUCCUCCAGGAAGAAGAGGCUCAAAAGGUGAAAAAGGAAGCAUGGGGCUCUGUGCCUGCCAGCCCGGUCCCAUGGGCCCACCAGGCCCUCCAGGACUUCCUGGGAGGCAGGGUAGUAAGGGAGACUUGGGCCUCCCUGGGUGGCUUGGAGAAAAAGGUUACCCAGGCCCUCCUGGUGCAGAAGGAUCUCCAGGGCCACCAGGAAAACCUGGUGCCUCAGGACCACCUGGCAGCAAAGGAGAAAAGGGUGACAUGGUUGUAUCAAGAGUUAAAGGGCGCAAAGGAGAAAGAGGUCCUGAUGGGCCCCCAGGAUUUCCAGGACAGCAAGGACAACAUGGUCGGGAUGGUCGCGCUGGAGAAAAAGGGGAUCCAGGACCCCCAGGGGAUCAUGAAGCUGCAGCCCCAGGUGAUCGAGGGUUUCCUGGACCGCCGGGCCCACCUGGCAGAGCAGGGCCUAGGGGGCCUCCAGGACUGGGAUUUCCUGGUCUACCGGGACAGAGAGGGCCACCAGGAGCUCCAGGCCGCCCGGGCAGCAGGGGCCCUGAGGGCUUGAAGGGUCAGAAAGGUGAUACAAUUCCUUGUAACGUAACCUACCCGGGGAGGCCAGGCCCUCCAGGCUUUGAUGGACCUCCAGGUCCAAAGGGAUUUCCAGGUCCUCGGGGCGCUCCUGGGCUGAGGUGUUUGGAUGGGGUUAAAGGUCAGCGUGGCCAACCAGGACUAUCAGAAAUACCUGGUCCACCUGGCUUUCGUGGUGACAUAGGCGAUCCAGGUCCUGGAGGGGAAAAGGGGUCCUCCCUUGUGGGGCCCCCGGGCUCUCCAGGGUCACCUGGGGUGAAUGGUCAGAAAGGAAUUCCCGGAGACCCUGCUUAUGGCCACCCAGGACCCCCGGGAAGGAGGGGUCCUUCAGGGAUGCCAGGGUUGAAAGGACUCAGAGGUGAUCCAGGACGUCCAGGAGCUGCAGGGCCAGCUGGCAUGCCCGGAUUCCCGGGUCUCAAAGGUCCCAAAGGCAGAGAGGGAAGUGCCGGGUUUCCAGGUAUCCCAGGUCCACCUGGCCAUUCCUGUGAAAGAGGCGCUCCAGGGAUCCCAGGGCAACCGGGCCUCCCUGGGGCUCCAGGCAGUCCAGGUGCCCCAGGUUGGAAAGGACAGCGAGGGGAUGUGGGGCCUCCUGGACCAGCUGGAAUGAAGGGCCUCCCUGGAGUCCCGGGACGGCCUGGGGCAGACGGACCCCUGGGACCACCAGGAGUCCCAGGCCCCUUUGGGGAUGAUGGACUACCUGGCCUUCCAGGCCCAAAGGGACUCCAGGGGCUGCCUGGCUUCCCAGGGUUUCCAGGAGAGAGAGGAAAGCCUGGUCCAGAGGGACAACCUGGCCGAAAGGGAGAAAUUGGAGAGAAGGGUUGGCCUGGCUUCCUGGGAGACCCGGGACUGAGAGGAGCCAAAGGAUCGAGAGGACCCCCAGGAGAUGAAGGAGAAGUGGUUAUAAUUCCCAGAACGGGGGAAACCGGGGAUCCUGGACCUCCUGGAGAUGGUGGAUUCCCAGGAGAAGGAGGUGAUAAAGGCAAUCCUGGGAUGCAAGGGAGCAGAGGAGAGCCGGGAAGACACGGACCACCUGGAUUUCACAGAGGAGAGCCUGGUAGAAAUGGGCAGCCGGGGCUUCCUGGACCCCCAGGCCCUCCAGGCUCCCCGGGGCUGAGAGGGAUCAUUGGUUUUCCAGGAUUUCCAGGUGACCAGGGUCAGCCGGGUUCUCCAGGGCCCCCUGGACUUUCAGGAGUUGAUGGAAGGAGAGGACCUAAAGGAAACAAAGGUGACCUUGCAAGUCAGUUUGGCCCCCCUGGUCCAAAGGGUGAGCCAGGUAGCCCUGGAUGUCCAGGACAUUUUGGAGCUCCUGGAGAGCAGGGCUUGCCUGGUGUUCAAGGAUCCAGGGGACCACCUGGAAGACCAGGACUGCCUGGCUCCUCUGGACCACCAGGAUGUCCAGGUAAUCAAGGGGUGCCUGGGCUGGAAGGACAUCCAGGAGAGAUGGGGGAUCCUGGGCCAAGAGGCCUCAUGGGGGAUCCAGGGACACCAGGUCUUCCGGGAAUAAAAGGUCCCCCAGGGUCACCCGGCCUGAAUGGCUUGCAUGGUUUAAAGGGUCAGAAAGGAAGCGAAGGCGCUUCAGGUUUGCAUGAAGUGGGUCCACGCGGCCCAAUGGGAAUACCUGGGCUGAAAGGGGAGACAGGAGACCCCGGGAGCCCAGGAAUUUCUCCUCCAGGGCUUUUUGGAGAAAAAGGUCCUCCAGGGCCCCCAGGGAGACCUGGACCACCUGGCCCUGCAGGUGCCACAGGAAGAGCUCCUACGGGUGACAUUCCUGACUCGGGUCCACCUGGAGAUCAGGGACCUCCUGGCCCCGAUGGUCUGAGAGGAACACCUGGGCCUCCCGGCCCCCCUGGGAGUGUCGACCUUCUGAGAGGGGAACCAGGUGACUGUGGUCGUCCGGGGCCACCAGGUCCCCCGGGCCCACCAGGCCCUCCAGGACACAAAGGCUUCCCCGGAUGUGAUGGAAAAGAUGGCCAGAAAGGACCCAUGGGAUUCCCGGGGCCGCCGGGGCCACCUGGACUUCCUGGGCCACCUGGAGAGAAGGGUUUGCUGGGACCUCCAGGCAGACAGGGGCCCUCUGGCCCUCCGGGUUCCAGAGGUGAACCUGGGCCACCUGCAGAUGUGGAUUCCUGCCCCCGAAUCCCGGGGCUUCCUGGGGUACCAGGCCCAAGAGGCCCAGAAGGAGAGAUGGGGCCCCCUGGAAUGAGGGGCCCCCCAGGACCAGGGUGCAAAGGAAAGCCUGGGCUGGAUGGCAGGAGGGGCGAGGAUGGCAUCCCUGGGUCUCCCGGGCCUCCAGGACACAAAGGUGACAUGGGAGAAGCUGGCUGCCCUGGAGCACCAGGCCCUCCUGGGCCCACUGGGGAUCCUGGGCCCAAAGGGCUUGGCCCUGGAUACCUCAGUGGCUUCCUCCUGGUUCUCCACAGUCAGACAGAUGGAGAGCCCACCUGCCCCGUGGGCAUGCCCAAGCUCUGGACGGGCUACAGUCUGUUAUACCUGGAAGGGCAGGAGAAAGCCCACAAUCAAGACCUCGGCCUGGCGGGAUCUUGCCUUCCUGUGUUUAGUACACUGCCCUUUGCCUACUGCAACAUCCACCAAGUGUGCCACUAUGCCCAGAGAAAUGACAGAUCCUAUUGGCUGGCCAGUGCUGCACCCCUGCCCAUGAUGCCACUCUCGGAAGAGGAGAUCCGCCCCUACAUCAGCCGCUGUGCUGUGUGUGAGGCCCCGGCUCAGGCGGUGGCGGUGCACAGCCAGGACCAGUCCAUCCCCGCGUGUCCGCGGACCUGGAAGAGCCUUUGGAUCGGGUACUCAUUCCUGAUGCACACAGGAGCUGGGGACCAAGGAGGAGGGCAGGCCCUCAUGUCACCUGGCAGCUGCCUGGAGGACUUCAGAGCGGCACCAUUCCUUGAAUGCCAAGGCCGGCAGGGCACUUGCCACUUUUUUGCAAAUGAGUAUAGCUUCUGGCUGACAACAGUGAAACCCGACUUGGAGUUCUCGGCACCAUCACCAGACACCUUAAAAGAAAGCCAGGCCCAGCGCCAGAAAAUCAGCAGGUGCCAGGUCUGUCUGAAGUAUGGCUAGAGAACCCACAAUUCGCCAUCAUGUCGCCAACAGACACCUUCCUAGGGGGCUAAGCCUUCCUAGGCUGUGCUAAGAGAUUUAAUGGUGCUCAUUUCAGACUCCAGCCUCAGCUGUUCCUUCUGUUUCAAUGUGGUUAUUUCCACAGUACUGUAAUUCCUUCCUCUGUUCAGGAUGGAUUAAGCAAAUGCUACACGUAUGGAUUUGCUUGGACUUACCAAUCUAAAUGAAACCCAGAUAUUUGUAUUUUAUUAAGCAUGGUGGAAGAGCUGGCUUUAUUUAAAAAUAUGCUAAUUCACAGCAAGGCAAAUAAAUGAUAAAGGCCAGAUUACAAAUUACAUUACUGAAAACUUCAUUCAUUGGUUAAUAGCACCUCAAACAAGUGAAGUCAAUUACUCUAUAAUAGAGAGGGCUUCUGCAUGGAUUUUACAGGAAAAAAUAAAUAGGACAACAAAUGAAACAAGAAAGUAGAGAUUUCCAACAUUUCAAAAUGAUUUCCUCUGUAAUCUAUUUUUCCAUGCACUUUAAAUAAUUGUAAAACCAUGACCCAAGGAGAUUAAAAAAAAAAAAAUCCACACGGCCGGCGUUAACAGUUCAUUUCAAAGCAGAGUGAAUCAUUAUGCCAGGAAGGACCACAGUCGCCGUAUUCCAGAGAUGCAACAUUAGCAUAAACACAUCACAGAUGAGCAUAAAACAUCAUAUUCUCUUCUGCAUUUUUCAGAGAAUAGAAAUGCCUACUUUGGCAGCCCUUUUGAAAAGUAGCAAUUAUGGAAAAAAUAUAUUCAAUAAGGGAUUAAGAGCCUAAAAGCUAUUAAUGAAUAUUAAAGCAGUGAUUCGCAAAAAUUGACUCCCCAUUGCAGUGAACUUCCAAACAGAAGGCUUUUCCCCAGUCGGGGUCCAGCUCGUCUUUGGUGUAUGCGUGCUAACGGGACUGAAGCCACAUGGGGCUUACUCAGGCGGCACACGGCUCACACAAAGCCUCUCGCUCCCCAACUUGGGAAUGCCUGCAGAGCUGCCUCGCAGCCCGCAGUGGACACUUUCCCUCUAUACACAUAAUGGCAUCUGAGACAGAGAAGUGACAGAGCUAUCAUUAUGCACUUGGGAGAAAAUGAAGGGCUGACUUAAUUAAACUUAGGUAAGAAGAUUCAUUUAACUCACGGUCACCCCACCAGGAAGACACAGCAGUAUUUUAAAUGAAACAAAGACAGCUUACCAUUUGAAUUUUAUAUGAUUGGUUUUUAUAGGAGAAUCAUCCUGUUUUCCCAAUUUUCAAAACAUUUUUAUCUGUUGCAUCAGUUUUACACCAAGGUAGCAGUUUGACAUUUGGCAUUCGUAUUCUCUAUAAAAGUUUAGGUGUGUUAAUUUAUAAUGAGUAGUUUUCUGAAUAGCAAAGGAUACGUUUUCUAUUUUGCUAGGAAUUCAGUGGUCUAAUCCUAAAAAUGAAAGUUUGUUGGAAAAGAGCUUCUGGAAACUUGACUUCCUCAUUUAAAAAAAAUGUCAUUUUAGAGGAAACUAAAGAAAUUUCUUAUGAGAGAAUAACACUUAUUUUAGUGCUUAAUUUCAAUGCACUCAAAAAUAACAGCGAGAAGAAAAACUCAAUUAAAACUUUGUUCAUGAGAAAUGUUUUCUUUGCCAAACAGUGAUUAGGAAUGAACGCUUAUAUCAAGAAAAUAUUUCAAGUGAGAUUUGCUAUGGGUUGCCCCCGGGAUGGCAAUUUAAGAAUAAUAGUUUCUGGUAAACAGAAAAAUGUACAUUUUAAGGUGAAAUAUUUUCUUGAUGUAGCAGAAUAUUUCCUAGUUCAUUCGACCCGUUUAUUGAUUUUUUUAACCGUUCUAUGGCAUGCUGAAAUUUUUGUGCACCUGAAAUUUAAGCCAAUUUCAACCUUAUUUGUAAUUACACUUUUCUGUUUCCAAAAGCUUUAUUGCAUGCUACCAAAAGCCAAGCCUUCUAAAAUUUCACCUUGUUCAUUCAUGAACUUGGUUUGAGGACAUUUUCUGGGAAGAGCUGGGGGUGACCAAUGGAACUUAUGAAACAUAUCAUGCUUGCUAAAUUAUUUUAAACAUUUUAACUUUGGUAUUAGAAUAUUAUCCUAAUAGCGUGUCAAACAAAUUUUUCAAUAAAACAGGCUGAAUUAAGCGGACAGUUUACUCCAUGGUGAGCCUGGGAUGGCGUAUGAGACUGUUCAAAAUAUGAAUAUUGCAAGAGGCCUCUCUAAACGCAGCAUAAAUGCUGCCUUCUGAUUUUGAAUGAUCUAAAGGGCAAAACAAUGGAAAAAAUAACUUCUUGGAAAAGAAGACUAUGUUAUUUUAAAUGAUGCUUUUCCUUACUUGGUUAUAUAUCAAUGCACUUUGAAAUAUCCUUUCUCUGUGAAGGAUGAACAAAGCUUUAAAGUUGCUCUCCUAAGCCGUCACGGAUGGCUAUUAUCCUUAUCAAAAGCUCCUUCCUAAGAACUCCCCUCAUGUUGUUGGCUGCAAUGUCUCUAGACUGCCCACUGGGAAUUGCUUUGGGUCACUGCUGGGGGACAGGGCGUCUUCUUCUGGGUUCUUAUUCUCAGUGAGUGGAGCCCCAUCCAUCUAGGUAUCCAGGCCUCCAUGCUGCAAAUGGUGGCCUGGUCCUUCUCCUCUCGUGGUCCCCAGACCUAAACUGCAGUCACCUCUUCCUGUGGAUUGCUGCCUUCCUGCCGGCCUCACUGCACCCAUCCUGACACAGCCUUUGUCUUUCACCCAUGCUCUUGUCGUAGGCAUCUCCCAGCUGAUGCCUCCAGUUUCAAAUCCCAGUCUGAUUUUGUUCUUCUUUGCCUUAAAAUCCUUCAAUGACUGCCCUGCCUAUGAAGUCCAAAUGACAGGCCCAGGGUGAAUGGGCCUGCAGGAUCUGUCAUCACUCAGCUCUAUGCUCACUGCAGAGCCACGUUCCUAUCUCUGACUUCGCUCCUGCUCUUUCUACCAGUGAUGUCCCGUCUCAGGUAAUUUUACCUGGCAGGCAACUACUUAUCUUUAAAGACUACAUCAGUUGGGGUGUGUGUCUGGGAAUUUCCCAAGGAAGACCUGGACUGCCUUCUGCUGCUCCCAGUACAAAUAAUGGGCCCGUCCGCUGUCUUUGUUCCCCCAUUGCUCCUGUAGUGGCUCAUCCCACUUCCUUCACUCUCUUACUAAACUGUAAGCCCCACGAGGGCAGGGAUCAUGCUUUACUCACUUAUACGCCCAGUGCCUAUGCAGAACUGAGCACAUUAUUGACACGAUUCUUUUUUCAAUGACAACUCCAUAAGUGUCAUUAGGCAUUAGAUGUUCACCUCUGCCUGUAGGGUUCUUAUUGACAAAAUGGUAACAAGUAUGAACCAUUUCUUAUUGCAAGAUAUUAGAAUGUGACAAUCUAUCGGCCCACCCACAAUCUUCUCUUACACUUAUCAACAGAAAGCCAAUUGAUAAGCUUUAACCAUCACCUCCUCCUGAAAAAUAGCUUCCUUUUCCAUAAACUGAAAUUUCAGGGAUAAGAUUGGAGAGGUCUGGCUGAGAGAAGACUCUUCACUGAAGCGUGACAUGACUUAACUCAUGCUGUAACCUGUAUUCCCUCAUGAGAGAAGGGAUUCCUGGUACAAGAUCGCGUCUACAAAGUCUGUACACGUGUUAUCGGUGCUUAGGAAAAUAGUCAAUGCAAUGGUCCACUAAAACCGGAUUUUAUCAAAGAUUUUAUUUUGAGCCUCUUAUAGAUUAUAAUAAAGCAAAUCAUCCUAUGUGUUCCAGGAAAUUCCAUUAGAUUUGUGUUUCUAUCAGCUCAGCAAACUAAUCUGAUAAUUGUGUUUUUCUGGGUUUUUUGUCACGGCUGCAAGAAGAGUAGAAAGAUGUGGACUUCAGAGUUUGUUGAGCCCAGGUUUGAAUCCACCUCUUUCAUCUUCCAGCUGUGUUUCCCUGGGCGAGUUACACCAACUCCCAGGGCCCCAUUUUCCUCAUUUACACAAUGGGACAUAACACCUACACUUGCACUGAAAAUUAAGUUAGAUUCUGUGCCUAGCACAUAGCAGUCAUCGUGUAUUUAUUAUGGUCACAUCUUCUAUUUAAAACAAACCAUUUAAUAUGAAAAAUAUUUCCUGGGUUUUUUUCCAUGGUGGAAUUAUAUUAUGAUUCUCACAGGGCAUAUAAAUUACUGAUUAGAGUUAUUUAUACCUGGCCAAUUCUUAAUGUCUUUGGGAAUGCUAUUUUAUUUCAAUUCUCAAAGUUACUGUACCUCACGUGAAAAAUCACAAUUUCCUGCAGGGACAUUAUCAGGAAGUUCUGCAGGGAACAAAACAAUUGACGUUAAAAAUCAGUACUCUGCAAUUGUCACUGUUAUUAUCUGCCAGAGACUCUGCAUAAUGCAUUUUAAACCACCAAGGCUGGCUGCCACAUCCAUGUGAAAUGCUUGAAUUUUAUGGUGCUUAAAUAUUUAAUGAUUCAUAGGAAAAAAAUGUGAAACAUAUCCAAUAAAUUGCAUCCCUUUCUCUAACCUACGGUUGUAAAGUUAAAGACUUUCAACAUGUAACAUUUGCAAGAUGCCUGGUCUGCUAUUGACACUUAAACCUUUGUUGCAUUACAAUUUAUAAUAUCGUUUAUUAUACAUAAAAUUCUGUUAUGACCUCCAAAAACAACUGGGUUUUAUCUGGUGCAUUUCUUUUCGUUCAAGCCAAGUUUACUUUUCUACCUGCCUCUAAGAUGACUCACCUUGCAGCUGGCUUAGUGGGGAAAACAGGUUACACGGUAGAAGUGUGAACUGCAGAUGGGAAGAGUGAGGGCAGAGUACAGAGAGUGAUCCCCUUUACUGGGGAAAGGAUGGGAUUCUGAGGCUCUGAGAAGCAUUGUCCUGCUAAUGAUGGGGUGGGGGACGGACAUGAAACCAGGCCUCAGGCCAGAGGGUCUGCAUCAGCCACCAGUGAGCUGUGUGGGGAGUGGGCUGGGGCUCAGACCCUCGGGGCCUCAGUUGUCCCAUUUGUUGAAGGAGAAUGAGACCACAUGCUUCACAGGGUUGUUCUGAGGAUUAAAAGAGAUACAACUACGAGAUAUAAAAUGUAAGGUGCGUUACUGAGACGAACACCCAAGCAGAGCAGCAGAUCUAAUGGGGUGGAUCCUUCUAGGCUGCAGUGUCUGGGGUCAGAACAGGGAGGAUCUGGAUGGGGCGAGAAAGAAGAAAAGGCUGUCCCAUGUGAAAACAUCAUGAUUAAGUCACAGGGUCAGGAAGGCUCACAGCUUGGGCAGUGAGACAAGUUAGCAGAAGCGCAGACUCUGUUAUGGAUACGUGAAGAUGAGGUCGAAAGGCUGGCUGGAGCCCCAUGGUUGAGGCUAAGGAGUCUGACCUUUAUCCUUUGGCAACAGAUAGACGAUAAAAGGUACUGAGAUGAUGAGUAGUAUCAAGAAUAGAUUUUGGAAGAUUAACUGGCAGAGCUCUGUAGAACUGACUGAAGAGGUAUUUUAAGUACUGAGCAGAGCAAUGAAUUGAGAAAUUUUAAGAUCCUUCUAAGCAGAGAGACUGUGAUUCUAAAAUGAGAGGGCAGGGGCUAAAAAUUAGGAAAUGACUGCAAUAAUCCACGGGAAGGGAAAGGAAGAAAUGAUAUGGUUUUUUUUAAAGAUAACUAACUAGGAACGAGGAGGCUGGGUCUGCAUCAGCCUCUCUCUCUUAUAGUCUGUUUUGGGUGGUGCAUCUCAUCCCUUUAGCUUACUCCCUCCCCAGUGGCAGAACAUGGGCCAGAUGUGCAGACUAUCCCCGAUCCUACGGAAACCAGACAUUUACUGCUUGAGCCUCAGCGGCAGACAACUUAAAAGGAUGGAGGAGGCUUGAACAAUCACGUACAACUUUGGGAUCACAUUCAAGGUCAUUAAGAGGAAGCAAUUUUAACCACUCCCUUGUCUUGAGAACCAAGGAAAGAUUCUGAAAGAAGAGGUCUCUUAAGUUGACUGACCACAACCAAACUGUGGGAACUGGAUGCUUAACAAAUAAUCAGGAAAUUACUAUUCAGCAAAGAAACCAAAUUUAAAAACCAGCUCUAGAUGCUUAUUCACUCUUAGAGAUAAUCAGUCGAAUAUCCUUGCUUUUGCUGGUCUUUCUCAAUCCAAUUCCAGUUUGUCGGCAUAACUUUGGAGAUUCCUUAUUGUAGGAAAAAACCAAGACAGACAUGGAAAAUAAUAAGCACUGGUUACAGGCAAGCCUAUUAACUGAACAAAGUAAUUAUAAUAAUUUCCAGAACAUCUUUACUGUUGUGCUAAGAUAACUGGUUUAUAUUUAUAACUAAAGUGGUCUUUCCCACAUCUCUAAAAGUUUAGUCAUGUUCCAUUCCAUAAAGAAGGUGUAUAUAUUCUAGUUAUA